GAAAACUGGUUUGCGCAGACGAUAUCGUCAAUUCAUGCCUGCAUCACUCUUAUCACACAAUAGCCGUCGGUCAUUGAGCGAAUUUAUAAAGUGCACCAUGAACCAUGGAGCUAUAUCAAAUUACAAUUUAAUAUAGCUCUGUGCGAUGGACAGGGAAUUAUUGUAGCUGUCGGCAUCUGUUGCAUCAUUUCCAAAUUUCCAGCUCCGUCGCAUCGUGCACCUAGCUACAGCACCAUCGAGAGUUAUACACGCACCACAAACAUCCCACUGGAAUAACGCACACCUUGCGAGAGAAACAAAAUGGCGGAGCAAGAAAAGAGCCCUCUUCGAGUCCGCAUCCCUGUCAUCAUUCUGGUCAUGUUGUUUGGUACAGGAUCGUGGGUAGCAAUCAACGGGUUAUGGGUUCAACUCCCACUCCUUGUGUCUCGUAACGUUCCUGAGGGUUACAACCUGGCUGCCUACCUUACCAUCAUCAUCCAGCUGGCUAACAUCGGUCCCUUGAUCUUCACCCUGGCCAACUAUUUCUCACCUAAGGGUCUACAUGUUGAGAUCCCCGCCAAUUUUGUCAUUGUGUCGAUCGGCUGCAUCUCCACUCUGCUUCUGGUGUUCUUCUGGGAUUACUACACAGUAUGGGUCAUCGAUAACACCCUACAUAGCACAGCACUGCUGUGUUUAGCCUUCUUCCUAUCCAUCGUAGAUUGCACCUCCUCAGUGGCCUUCACGCCCUUUAUGUCUGUCCUCAAGAACUCUUAUCUGACAUGGUACUUCGUUGGGGAAGGUCUCAGCUCACUGCUUCCUAGCGUCGUGGCGUUGAUUCAGGGGGUAGGGACUAAGGAGUGUGUAGCUAACAGCACUUACAUCAACGAGACGAUCAUCAAUGGCACUGUCGUCGAGCAGACAUGUACCAACUGGCUACAGCGGGACACUCCGGAACGCUUUCCACCUCAGAACUUCUUCGGGUUCCUCUUUGCCAUGAUGGUCACCUGCCUGAUUUCCUUCACUAUGCUGAACUACCUGCCGUUGGCCAAACGCGAACACGUCAAGAAGUACCAGCCUGAGACGGAGGACUCCAAGGUCGAAGAUGCCCCGGUGAAAGGAGCCGAGAGCCGAACCAUGUUGGUCUUCAGCGUCACGGCCGUUGACGACACAACAUCGCAGAAUGAUGUCGAUGACGCCGAGCCUGACAAGGGCCAUCACACCAUCGAGGGCAAAGACGGCGCACAGACGCCCUCACAGCCGCCUGUGACCCGUUGGCAGUUUGCUUAUCUCUUUGGCAUCUUAACCUUCGUGACAGCAAUGAGCAACGGGGCACUGCCGUCAAUUCAGACCUACUCCUGCGCCCCUUACGGGCUCAACACCUACCUGAUAGCAUCCACCAUGGCUAACAUCGCUAAUCCCCUGGCUGCUUUCCUGGUCAUGCUCUUCCCUUUCCGUAGUCUACCAUUGAUUGGUGUGACAACCAUAGCCGGUACCCUUGCGGCAACAUUCUGCUUGUUAACGGCAGGGCUGAGCCCGACUCCUCCAUUGCAGUAUGAUGUUGCAGGUGAUGCUAUUAUAAUUUUGGCGUGGAUCUUCGUCAGUGGUUUCUUUGUGUAUACCAAAGCUACCAUAGCCUGGAUACUUCGAUGUCAAGCCGACAACCGCACGUUGCUGAUUUGGUACGGCGGGGUGUCUCAGAUCGGAUCUAUGAUCGGCGCUUUCGUCAUGUUUCCGAUCGUCACCAUCGCUCAACUGUUCGUACCUUACUACGAGAAUGUGUGUGACGGCAGGCCCAUCUGCGAGACUGUGUAACGACCGACUGCCUUUCCUUAACCUUCGCGUCCACUCUGGCUUCGGAUUGAGGAGAUUUAUGCCUCUCACCUCGGACUCCCCUCAAAAUGGUUAAAAAAUGCGUGAAUGAAAGUAUUUCAGAAUAUGGGCUUCUAAGAUAAUGUGAACAUGGGAAAGUAUAAAAAUACACACUUCGGUAACAAUAUAGAUGGAGCUGUCAGAUAUAUAUUUUUUUUGAGAAAUAAGUACUUCUGUGGCUGACAUUUUUUUUAGAUUUGAAAAUUAGAAUUCGGUACCACCCCCCCAAAAAAAACAACCUAGAGGACGAACUAUAGUCUAUGCAGCAUAUGGUUAUACACAGACUAGUUCGGAGACUGGACUCCGCGGCGGGUGAUACUCAAGACUAUCAUGGAAGAACAUGCUCUAUUAAGAUAUACUUAAGUGGUGUUUCAAGCUUCAUUUCUUUUAAGAAAAAAAGAUGAUUACUUCUUUUUUUCUCACCUUGUACAAAUCUGUAUAUUUUGGCAUGGUGGAGGGUAUCUGGGAGAAGUUUGUGAACCAAACUUGCGACUGACUCCAAGGAGUGGUAAUUACGGUUCCUUGCAGUCGUCGGGAACAACAUCGACUGAUGAGGGCAAAAUCAUGCUCAAUGAACCAGCAGUGUUAAUUUUUCAUCGCAUAUUCUUCUCUGAACCUCUUCUCUUGCAAGGGCGGAUCCAGAACACAAUUUUGGGGGGGG